AUGUCUUUGAAUCAGGUGGAUUGGAAAAUGGAACUGUGGAAGAUUUUCUGUGGGGAAAAUGAUUGCCAAGACAGAGUUGGAAGAGAAUGCAGUUCAGAAAUACUAGCAAUGAUUGAUCCGUCGUCAUGCGCUAAUCAUCUUUUGGUCAUUUCUGCUAGUGUAAUUUUGCUCUUAACCGUUCUUACUUGUGCUUUUAUCAGAAGAACAACUCCAUCCAGGAGAUCCUGCCUAGUUUCAGGUUCUGAAUGCUGCAAUUCUUCUUUCCUUCAACUUUCUUGCUUGUUAUUCAAUGGAGGGAUCGCGCUGGCUUAUGUAGCUUCAGGGUUAUGGACAGUUGGAAAGAGUUUGAGCACCAGAAAAAGUGUCCUGCCUCUUGAUCCCUGGAUUGCAGUUCUAUUCCAGGGAUUGACAUGGUUGUUUUUGUGUUUGUUCUUGGGAAGUAUGAAGAACAAACCCGGUAUGCUUAAGUUGAGCUGUUUUGCUGCUUUGCUAGCUGGAUUUCUAUGUAUUGCAUCCUUGUGGGAAUUAAUAUUGGACAAAGUUGUGACUCCCAAAGGGAUCAUAGAUGUGCUAAGGUUUCCGGGGGCACUUCUGCUUGUCCUGUAUGCGAUUCAGGCGAAAAAGCUCUCAGGAAACAGUGAAGAUUUGUAUCCUGAAGAUUACUAUGAACCAUUGAAAGGCGAAGAAGCAGAUGCCGCCACCUCAGUCAGUUCACAGGACAAAAUCACUCCAUUUGCAGAAGCUGGAUUUCUAAGUAAAAUGUCAUUUAGCUGGUUGAAUCCGUUACUGAAGAAAGGUAAACAGAAAAUUCUCCAGGAUGAAGAUAUUCCUGAACUGAGGCCUGAAGAUAAAGCUGGAACGUGUUACUCAUUGUUCAUGGAAACACUUCUAAGUCGGCGCAAGGUGAGUUGUUAUGAAUCUUCAACUCUGUCAUCGAUUAUCUUCUGUCAGAGGAAAGCCCUUUUGAUCUCAGGGUUUUUCGCACUGGUUAAGAUCAUAACUUUGUCAAGUGGUCCUCUAUUUCUCUAUGCUUUCAUUGAUCUUGCUGGCGGCAAGGAAAUGUUCAAAUAUGAAGGUUAUGCAUUGACAGGAGGUCUUUUUGUUGCAAAAUGCCUAGAAUCACUGGCGGAGAGACAAUGGCUUUUCAGGACUAAGUUGAUUGGCCUUCAAGUUCAAUCCUUGCUAACUGCAGCAAUCUACAAGAAACAACUUUGUCUUUCAAAUACAUCGAGACAUAUCCACUCCCCCGGAGAGAUCAUGAAUUAUGUCACAGUGGAUGCAUAUAAAAUUGCUGAAUUCCCAUAUUUCUUUCAUCAUAUAUGGACGAUUGGGCUACAACUAUUCAUGGGGUUGGCAAUUAUGUCAUACGCUGUUGGAUUUGCAACAAUUCCAGCUUUUGCUGUAGUGGUGCUCAGUGUGCUUGGGAAUUCCCCCGUUGGAAAAUUGCAGCACAAGUUUCUUAGCAAGCUUAUGGUUGCACAAGACAGAAUGCUUAAGGCCGUAACUGAAGCACUAACAAAUAUAAAAGUUCUGAAGUUUUAUGCUUGGGAGACACAUUUCAAGAAUACCAUUGGUUUAUUAAGGGAAGAAGAGUUCAAAUGGUUGUGGAAUAUUCAGGCAAUGAAGGGUUACUAUAUGGUUUUGUUUUGGUCAACUCCUCUGAUAGUAUCUGCGGUUACUUUCUGGACUUGUUAUAUGCUAAAUUUUCCCCUCACCACCAGUAAUGUUUUUACGUUUCUUGCCACUUUACGUAUAGUUCAGGAACCUAUACGGUUAAUUCCAGAUGUCCUUGGGAUUUUUAUUGAAGCAAAGGUUUCCUUUUCUCGGAUUGACAAGUUUCUUGAGGCGCCUGAGUUGCAGAAAAGUCACAUGAAGAUCCAGGAAUGCAGUGAACUACAGCAUUCUGUCAUGAUUAAUUCUAAGAAGAUUUCUUGGGAAGCUGAUUCUUUAAACUCUUGCUUGGAAAACAUCAACAUUCAGGUUAAACUAGGGGAGAAGGUCGCAAUUUGUGGAGAAGUUGGUUCAGGAAAAUCAACUCUUCUGGCUGCAAUCCUUGGAGAAGUUCCCUAUAAUGAUGGCUCAGUUGAAGUACAUGGGAAAAUUGCAUAUGUAUCCCAAAGUGCAUGGAUUCAAACAGGGACAAUCGAACAAAACAUUCUCUUUGGAUCCAUCAUGGAUCGACACAAAUACCAAAAUGUUCUUAACAGUUGCUGUCUUGUUAAAGACCUCGAUAUGCUUCCAUUUGGUGACCAAACAAUAAUAGGAGAACGCGGAGUUAAUCUCAGUGGUGGGCAGAAGCAAAGAGUCCAGCUCGCUCGUGCAUUGUAUCAAGAAGCUGACAUAUAUCUGUUGGAUGAUCCAUUCAGUGCGCUUGAUGCUCAUACUGCUAGAAAGCUAUUCAAUGAAUAUGUCAUGGGAGCCCUUCUCAACAAGACAGUCCUACUAGUAACUCAUCAAGUAGAUUUCCUUCCAGUAUUUGACUCCAUUUUGUUAAUGUCAAAAGGGACCAUCUUAAAAUCAGCCACCCCUGAGCAAUUGCUGCAAUCGAGUCAAGAAUUUCGUGACCUUGUCCAUGCACAUGGCGAAGCAUCUAAAGGGGAGUUGAAUGCAGAACAAGGUCCUCAAAAGAUGCAGAAAAUUUCUCAUGAUGUUAUUGAGAGGAUCUGUUCUGAGAAGCAACUAGCACUACCAACUGGAGAGCAGUUAAUUAAAGAAGAAGAAUGCGAAUCAGGAUACACUGGGCUUAAACCAUACCUACAGUAUCUAAAACAUAACAAGGGGUUCUUGUUCCUCUCUUUGGGCAUAGUAUCCCACAUCAUAUACAUGAUAGGCCAAUUAUUUCAAAAUCUUUGGUUAGCUGCUACUUUGACAGAUUCCAAGCUUAGUUAUUUGAAAAUCAUUCUAGUUUACACCUUCAUAGGAGGCAGUAUGGCAUUGUCCUUGCUUCUAAGGUCUUGUGUAUUUUUCCUUUUAAGUCUAGAGGCAUCAAAAUCCAUCUUCUCAGAAUUCAUGGCUUCCAUUUUUCGAGCACCAAUGUCAUAUUUUGAUGCAACACCAAUUGGAAGAAUUCUUAGUAGGGUGUCUUCUGAUCUGAGUAUUGUAGAUCUUGACAUGUCAAUGAGAUUCAGCAUGGCUAUGACAUCGAUAUUGACCACAUUGUUCAGCUUAGGAAUUUUGGCUACUCUUACCUGGCCUAGCUUGUUAGUCAUUUUACCAACAGUUUUUGUUACCAUAAUCUUACAGCUAUUCUACUUUGCUUCUGCAAAACAGCUAAUAAGAAUCCAAGGCACAAACAAAUCUUCAGUCGCUAGCUACUUCUCUGAAUCCAUAGCAGGAGCCAUGACCGUUAGAGCUUUUGGUGAGGAACAAAGAUUCUUUACAGAGAGCUUGAAGCUUAUCGACAAGAAUGCAAGUUCAUCCUUUCAUGGAUUUUCUGCAAAUGAGUGGCUCAUUCAACGUCUAGAAAUUCUGUGCGCUUUCAUUCUUUCCUCCUCAGCGCUUGCCCUCACCUUGCUACCUUUCAAAACUUCUGAAUCAGGAUACAUUGGCAUGGCUCUAUCAUAUGCUCUUUCACUGAAUAUAUUCCUUGUUGGUGCUGUCAAUAACAUGUGCAUACUAGAAAACUACAUCAUCUCAGUGGAACGGCUAGAACAAUACAUGCACAUUCCUAGUGAAGCUCCAGAAAUCGUGCUAGCAAAUCGGCCCCCUUCUGAUUGGCCUCGCUUUGGUAAAGUAGAGAUUCACGAUUUAAAGGUAAGAUACCGGCCAGAUGCUCCAUUAGUUCUCCAAGGCAUUACAUGUACAUUUGAAGAAGGUUCCAAAGUAGGAAUAGUUGGCCGGACAGGGAGCGGGAAAUCAACACUGAUCAGCGCAUUGUUUCGCCUGGUGGAGCCAACAGAAGGGGAGAUACUUAUUGAUGAUCUAGACAUCUCAGGAAUCGGAAUCCAUGAUCUCAGGUCCAAUCUGUCAAUCAUACCUCAAGAGCCAACAUUGUUUGGAGGGUCAAUCAGAUACAAUCUAGAUCCCUUAACAGAACACAGUGAUCAAGAAAUAUGGGAGGUUCUGAAUAAAUGCCAGCUUCAAGAUGUUGUUCAGAAGAAAGAACAGGGCUUGGACUCCUUAGUUACACAAGAUGGAUCAAACUGGAGCAUGGGACAACGCCAACUGUUGUGCUUGGGAAGAGCAUUGUUGAAGAGAAGGAAAAUACUAAUCCUCGACGAAGCCACGGCAUCCAUAGACAAUGCAACAGACUCCCUAAUCCAAAAGACCAUAAGAAGAGAAUUUGCAGAAGUCACUGUGAUCACAGUAGCUCACAGGAUACCUACAGUCAUGGAUUGUAACAUGGUUUUAUCAUUAAGAGACGGGAAAGUGGUGGAAUAUGACAGACCUAUGAAGCUCAUAAAUGAAGAGGGUUCACUAUUCGGUCAGCUCGUAAAAGAAUACUGGUUACGCUCUGGAAAUGUGAACUCAUAA